UAGUUGAAAAACAAAACCCUAAAAGGGGUUCUCUGUAAGAAACGAUUCGCCGCCGGGUUUGAUCUCUUUUGUCUAUCUAUCCUUCCUUCCUUCUUCCUUUCUUUCACUCAUUACCGUCACCUACCUCAAUCUUCCAACCCCACUUCUCGAUCCUCAGCUUCUUUUAUCUCUUUUUCUUUCUAGAAACUGUUUUUCCUGCAGUUCUUCAAAUUUCAGGGGAAAACCAUGCUGGUUAGAAUUGCUUUUCCUUGUUUUUUGGCCUAGUAAUUCAUCAUGGAGAUUGAUAAAGUUGUCGCCUUUUUUUGUCGAUCAUAUGUUUUUGAUGCUCUGAUAUCAAAAAAAUGAUGAUAAAGAUUGCAUUUUUAUGAGGUUAAAGAUUUGACUUUUAGGGUUGUUUGCAAGACUCUCUUGGUUUUUGGUGAAAUUGAUUAUAAGGUUCUAAUUUGUAUUUGCUUUCUAGGGUUUUAGGGUUGGUUGUUGGUGAUUAAGCUUUUUAAUUUUUUUUCCUGUGGAAUGAGUGGAUAGUUUUUUGCUGGUGAAGAUGAUAUCUGACUUGGGUAGGAGACCAAUGCUUGGGAGCAAUGAAAAUUCGUUUGGAGAUGAGUUGGAGAAGGAAAUAGGGCUGUUGCUUCGAGAACAGAGGAGGGAAGAUGCUGAUGAUCGUGAAAAGGAGCUCAAUUUGUAUAGGAGUGGGUCAGCUCCACCUACUGUUGAGGGAUCAUUGAGUGCUGUAGGUGGAUUGUUUAACCAUGGAGUUGGUGUGGCGGAGGCGUGGCCCUGUGUUUCAGACUUUGCCCGUGAUAAGGGUGUUAAUGGCUUCAUGUCCGAGGAGGAGCUCAGGUCUGAUCCUGCUUAUUUGUCUUACUACUACUCCAAUGUGAAUUUGAACCCCAGGUUGCCACCUCCUUUGUUAUCAAAGGAGGAUUGGCGGUUUGCGCAGAGGUUACAAGGAGGGAGUUCUGCAAUUGGGGAUAGAAGGAAGGUGAAUAGGAAUGAUAGCGUUGCAGGCACAAGAUCACUUUUUGCAAUGCCACCAGGUUUUAAUUCCAAAAAACAGGAGACUGAGAACGAUUCAGAUAAAGUUCAAGGUUCAGUGGAGUGGGGUGGUGAUGGAUUGAUUGGUUUGCCUGGAUUAGGGCUAGGUAGCAAGCAGAAGAGUCUCGCUGAAAUAUUUCAGGAUGACUUAAGCCGAGCAACUUCUGCAUCAGGACACCCUUCACGCCCAGCUAGCCGUAAUGCUCUUGAUCAAAAUGCUGAUCCUUUGGGCCCUGCAGAAGCUGAGAUGGCUCAACUUCACCGCGAUUUAGCGUCUACUGACCCUUUACGUUCUACUGUCAGUGCUCAGAGUGCAUCUGCUGCUCAACAUGUUGGACCACCCACAUCAUAUUCAUAUGCUGCUGCUUUGGGUGCUUCCUUGUCUAGAAGUACCACUCCUGAUCCCCAGCGUAUUGCAAGGGCUCCUAGUCCUGGCCUUGCUCCUAUUGGUGGAGGAAGAGCAAGCACUUCAGAAAAGAGAAACAUUAAUAGUCCAAGCUCCUUUAACGCGGUCUCAUCUCAGGCAAAUGAUUCGGCAGAUUUAGUAGCUGCUUUGUCUGGUAUGAACCUUUCAAAUGGUGUGGUAGAUGAAGAGAAUCGUUUGGCAUCUCAAAUUGAUCAAGAUGUUGAUGACCAUAAAAAUUAUCUUUUCAACCUGCCGGGUGGUCAGAACAAUUCAAAGCAGCAUGGUUACUUUAAGUCUGACUCUGGUCUUAGCAACAGCAGUGGUUCAGACCUUAGUAACUCUGCUCUUCAAACUGACUCUCGGAAAACUGGCAUUCUUCGUAAUAAUUCAUACCAAAAAGGAUCUUACCUCCAACAUCUUAAUGGCGGUGGUGGCCUACUCUCACAGUACCCACAUUUGGAUAGUCCAAACUCCUCUUUUUCAAAUUACAAUUCAAGUGGCUACACAGUGAAUCCACUGACGGGCAAUCUUGGCAACUUUAAUCUUCCGCCAUUGUUUGAAAAUGCUGCCGCUGCAUCCGCCAUGGCUGUCCCUGGAAUGGACUCAAGAAUAGGUGGAUCAAAUAUAGGCUCUCCUGUUUCAGAGCAUAAUCUUAGUAGAAUGGGGAAUCAGAUGGCAGGGAAUGGUUUGCAGUCACCUUAUAUGGAUCCAGCCUAUUUGCAGUACUUGAGGACAGCUGAGUAUGUUGCUAACCAGGUUGCUGCACUUAAUGAUCCUUCAUUGGAUAGGAACUAUAUGGGCAAUUCAUACAUGGACUUGCUUCAAAAGGCCUAUCUUGGCUCUGUGCUAUCUCCUCAGAAAUCGCCAUAUGGUGUUCCUGCAGGUACAAAGAAUACCGGUUCCAAUCAUCAUGGUUAUUAUGGGAAUCCUGCUUUUGGUGUUGGGUUAUCAUAUCCUGGAAAUCCACUAGCAAGUCCAGUCAUUCCUAAUUCUCCUGGUGCACCUGGAAGUCCCCUAAGGCACAAUGAUUUUAACAUGAGAUUUCCUGGUGGAAUGAGAAACUUAGCUGGAGGUGUCAUGGGGCCUUGGCACUUGGAUAAUAUAGACAAUAGCUUUGCGUCCUCGCUGCUAGAAGAGUUUAAGAGUAAUAAGACCAAGUGUUUUGAGCUCUCAGAAAUUGCAGGGCAUGUUGUCGAGUUCAGUGCGGAUCAGUAUGGCAGUCGUUUCAUUCAACAGAAACUUGAAACUGCAACAACUGAAGAGAAAAACAUGGUCUUUGAGGAGAUUAUUCCUCAAGCUCUUACUUUGAUGACUGAUGUGUUUGGUAAUUAUGUGAUCCAAAAGUUCUUUGAACAUGGAAUGGCAGCUCAAAGAAGAGAAUUGGCUAGCAAGCUCUUUGGGCAUGUGCUUAUCAGCCUUCAAAUGUAUGGUUGUCGAGUUAUACAGAAGGCUAUUGAAGUAGUUGACGUGGACCAGAAGAUUAAAAUGGUUGAAGAGCUUGAUGGGCAUGUCAUGCGCUGUGUACGUGAUCAGAAUGGAAACCAUGUUAUCCAGAAGUGCAUUGAAUGUGUCCCAGAAGAUCAUAUUCAAUUUAUUGUCUCCACUUUCUUUGGCCAAGUUGUUACUCUUUCUACCCAUCCUUAUGGGUGUCGCGUGAUACAGAGAGUCCUGGAACACUGCAGUGACCCAAAAACUCAAAGCAAAGUGAUGGAAGAGAUUCUUGGAUCUGUGAGCAUGUUGGCGCAGGAUCAAUAUGGCAAUUAUGUUGUUCAGCAUGUACUGGAGCAUGGCAAGCCACAUGAGCGUACUGCUAUAAUUCAGGAGCUAGCCGGAAAGAUUGUCCAAAUGAGUCAGCAGAAAUUUGCCUCAAAUGUAGUUGAGAAGUGUUUGACUUUUGGUGAUCCUAGUGAACGUCAGCUUCUGGUGAAUGAGAUGCUUGGUACAACUGACGAGAAUGAGCCUCUUCAGGCAAUGAUGAAAGAUCAAUUCGCAAAUUAUGUUGUACAGAAAGUGCUGGAAACUUGCAGCGAUCAGCAACGGGAAUUGAUCUUGUCAAGAAUCAAAGUUCAUCUGAAUGCUCUGAAGAAAUACACAUAUGGGAAGCAUAUUGUUGCGCGGGUAGAGAAACUUGUUGCUGCUGGUGAAAGGAGAAUUGCUCUUCAGAACCCACAUCCUGCUUAGAUCAGAUAGGAAAGGAAGUUGUACAGCUAACAGAGGAUAGUUUGAGCUACCUCUCUUCUCUUUCUCCGGAAUCUAGUGUUCGUGCCCUAUGCCUGUCUUCAACAGGUGUCUUGGGCGACUGCAAAUAAAGUUGUUGCUUGUACUAGAAACCUGUACAUUGUGUAGUUUAAGGUUUAUACGUAGAAUCUAGUAAGCCGAGGCUCGGAUGUCAAGUGUUCCUGGUCGCCUUGCAGAGGAGAUAAAUGACAACACGUGUUUAAUGCAUGUAAAAAGGAUAAAAUGUGAGGUAGUUUAUGUUUCAUCGCGACUGUACAAAUGUUGCCUUGUGGAGAGUUGAUCUUUUAGGUGAGAGCCAGAAAGUUUUAUCAUGUAAGGUAUUGACAAUUUUCAUGUCAUGGCCAAAGUAUAUUUAAAUUCUCUCUGAUCUGCCAUGUUUCAA